AUGGACGACGAGGACGGGCGAGGUCGCGCACAGAAUGCAGAUCAUUUUCCAGAGAGUACAAAUCAGCCAGGCUCGCAAUCGUCGCCACAAAACUUUCACCUCCCGCCCACUCUAGUGGCCCAUUUCCCCGCUUUGCCAGCGCCGGCACAUCCCACUGAUCUACUGACGCCGUUCAGCACAGGCUCAACGUCUGAUUUAUUCCGUGCUAUCAUCAAGAAACCGAAUCCGAUCUCGCUCGAAAUCAAUGGCGAGUUGCACUCAAACGCCGCAGACGUCGCAGUCCAGUUUGCCGCAGAGUUGCGCGUGUACAGAAAGGUUGGAAAGAAUGCACGUUUUGCGAGCUAUUUAGGGUGCAUAGAGGGACUCGGGAUGGUCCUCGAGUGGAUUGAGGGCCCAACUUUGCUGGAUAUUCUCCGUGGACCAUCGCCUCCAAACCCAAAGGUCAAGUUGCCGCCACAUGUGAACCCGUCAAAGAAGAGGAGGAUUACCUGGUACAAUCAGCUCGUGGAGGCGCUUUGUCACCUGCACUCGUUUGGCCUCAACCACGGAGACCUGAGCCUGCUCAAUAUCCACAUUGAGACACGCUCUGAUAGCAUCAAGCUCAUCGAUUUUGGACGGAGCGUGUCCGUCGAAGGAUACCCAUGUGCGAGUCUAUAUUUGCACGAACCGGAACGGCCAACUCCGACGAUGAAAGGAGAUAAGAAGUUACCAAAGGUGAAGGAGCCAGCAAUGUUCAAGUUUGGGGGUGCGUGGGUGGAACCCGAAACGAGGCCAGGACGCGAAGGGGGUACGAGCCGCGGUCGCGAGUCCCGUCCAAAACUCUUUGACCGAUCGACUAACUCGUCGACAAAGAGUAGCGUUCCACUCGGUACGCUCGAUGUGUCGAUACCGGAUGGGAAUCCUGCUGGUGGAGGCGGGGAGUACCCUUCUCGCCCACUCAACCACGCCUCUCGGCUCUUACAGCAGCAACAGCAGCUGCAUGCGGCUUUGGGGACGCAUAUGCCUGUGACGUUAUCGCGCGGACGAGGUGCUGGGAGAGAUGGCUCGGGACCGUCCAUGUCCCGUCCCUCUUCAACGGGACCAAUACAGACGCGAUACCAUUUAUCGACAUCUCCUAUGAGCCCACGAGCUCCGCAGGAUAGCGACACGAAUACCUAUGGGGGUGAAUCGGAGCCAGACGAUUGGAUGACGGUCGAUAAUAACUAUGGCGCUCCAACGCUCCAGCCACAUUCGUCUGGAUCUUCGUUGAGAGAUUAUGGAUUCGAUGGAUUUCCGUCUCGACGAGAUUCCGAUAUGUAUACCCCACCACCAUCCGCGACGUCAGCCUACGGGCACCAUUGGGGGCACGACCGAUAUCAUCCUCCUUACAAUUACUAUCACCCUCACUACCGCACUCGGUCGCCUCCAAGCUCUCAUCCGACAUCUCGUCGUACGUCGAGAUCGCCUGCGCGGUAUGGUACACCCGCCGAGUAUGCAAAUUCUCCACGAGGAUUUUAUCCGCAUGGCCAUGCAUAUGCGCAUGGUUCAUCACACCUGCACCCACAUCGCUCGAGCUCACGAUCGCGACACUCGCGCUCGCCACCCCCUUCGAGAAGAGGAGGGUACGGACCAGACUAUCCUCCUCCUCCGCCUGAGCACUAUGGAUACCCUCCUCCAGAUCACUACGGCUAUCCACCUGUGGAUCCCUAUGGUUACCCGUUGCCGCCACCGGACCACUAUGGCGCUACGCACGGUCCACCUCGACCACCCCCUGUACCAAAGAAACCUCCUGUCAAGGCAGAGCAGAUUCAUCCUGGUUCGCGACCAUUUUGCGCGCCGGAGAUUUUGCGUGCGAGUAGUGGGACAUGCAUCGAUUCGCGGACGAAACAAUGGAUAGAUCCAAUCCUCGCUGAUGCCUAUUCGCUUGGUAUCGUGUUGGUGUGUAUGGAUUUGUGCAAGUUGGUGGAUAUUGGGAAUGAGAGGCAGAAGCGAGAAGAUGGCAAGUUUCCAGAUCUCAGCGAGACGACCAUUUUCACCGAGCUCAUACGCGGGUACACUCGACCGGCUGCAGAGCGUCAACGCAUCUCGUUGGAUCUCAAGAUGGACGUCCCGGAAGCGGACGAUUAG